AUGGUUGACGCUGCUGCGGAUUAUUCUCCACUGCCGGCAAUGGAAGAACGGCAGCAGCCACUGGCGAUGGAGGAUACUAAGGGAAUUCUGCAGAACCCUGCUAAUUCACUUCUGAGAUGCGUGUCAAUUGUGCCCGCGGCUGUUGCGACAUCAGCAGGGAAAAUUUUGUUACCCCCAAAUCUGCUAUCUCAAUCUGAUGAGCAUAUCUCGCUUUUGAAUAAGGAAACGUCUAAGUCAAACUCCCCUUCGCAGCAAAUCUCUCCCUCAAGUUUAGAAAAAGAAGAUUCUUCCCCAAAUAUCUCUAGUAAUAACUCCAGUCAAAGGUUAAAUCCCGAAGUUCUAGAAUUUACUAUCUCGAUUUUAGAGCUAAUUAUGGCCCAAAAAACGUAUUUGUCUAAGGAUGAUAUGGAGAUAGGGAACAAUACUAAGCUCUUUAACCCAAGUUAUUCGAUUGAAGAAAUUAAUUCCGAAUCCGGACUAAAUCAUGUUUCCAAUGGUUCUGAAGAUGAAGAUUUCGAUAUGGAAUACGCAAUGGCACAAGAGUCUUUUUAUAGUGAAAUUUCUGCACCAACAUAUCACAAUCGUUUGAAAAAGCCAAAGCUAAAGCAAAACUUCGAGUUCAUCGAAUAA